CAAUAGUCUGCUUUCCAUGGCAUCCGCAUCCUCGUCUGGAUCUAGCUCUAUUACUAAUACUCAUUCUAGUAGUAGUACAAGUACAAGUGCUGGUGCUGGUGCUGGUGCUGGUGGCAGGGGUCGCGUGCUCGAUGAAGACGCGUAUCUGAGCGCCUUGGAAAGCAUCAUCCAGCGCGACUUUUUCCCGCACCUGUCCAAGCUGCGCGCUCAGCACGAGUACUUGCAGGCCCUCGAGCGCAAGGACGAAGCGCUGCUGCGGGCGAUCGCAGCCAAGUACAACCAGCGCACGAGCGGCGGCGGAGGGACGGCGGUGACUGAGCGAGGCUACUACUCGACGCGAGGCCGCCCCGCCGAGACACCCAGUGCUAGUGCCAACAGUGACAGUAGUAUCAAUGGCGCCAAUGGGUCUGGCUGGGCGGCGCCUGGCAGCGGUCGUCGGCGAUUCGACGCCGGAGACGCAACGCCACUGCUCGCAACGCCGCGCGCCAGGAUGACGGGCGACGAGACCCCGCGAGACACGAGAGGCGAGCACAGCGAAGGAGCAUUCGGACCAGGCGAGGCGGCGGCGGCGGCUGCGGCGGCUGGAGCAAGCGACCAAGCGAUGCACACGCGAGGCUCAAAGCGACGUCGCGACCAAGACAGUCACUUUGCAUCUCGAGAAGACGAUGACAGUGAUGAAGCUGAUGAUAAGGAUGAAGAUGGCCAUGGCGAGAUGGAUUCAAUCGGCGGUCCGCGGCGACGUCCGAGACUGGCAGAUCCGCGCGAGCUGUCGUUGGACGAGUUUCUCGCGACACACACGAGCGAGGACAACGCAUCGUUCGCAGAGAUCAUGGAGCGAACGCAGAAACGCAACCGGGAAAAGUACGCGUGGAUGUACAAGGGCGCGAGCUCAACGGCCAAGCCGCUGGCACUCAUGGGAAGCAGCGGAUUGCUGGCAAUCACUGCUGGUACAGACGCACCCGCUGCAAGCGACAACCCUUCUAUGUCUUCAUCAUCGACAGAUCCUGCUGCAGCCGACGCGGCGGCGAGUGGAAGAGCGAUCGUGGAGGCUUCCGACGCGAAAACUCUGCGAGACGCAGCGCCCAUCUUGCCCCCGCCAAACGAUCGCUCGGGCUCUGCUGUAGCGCGUUGGAAGUACACACCCAAAAACACACUCAUGUUCCCCGUCGAUGGUGUUGCCAACCAGCAAUCGUCCGUGGCUUCGCGCGUCGUGCAACACGCCAAUACUCGUGUCGACGACGACUUUUUGGCCGCGGUUGCGGCAGAGUCUUCGCAGAAGGGCAAGCAGACAGCGAGUGCCGAAGCAGCACAAACACCAGGUGGCAGUGCUGCGGAAGCUCCAUCACAGGCAGCCGCUGCGUCCCUGCUAUCCGUCAGCGUCGUUGUGAAUGCGCCUGGCGGCGCGUCCAUCCGCCUUCCCCGUGGCUUUGAGCCUGAGACCCCGCGCGUCGGCGGCCACUCGUUCUUGUCUACGCCAACACCUGUGCCAGGUGUGGAUGCCACGCCCAUGAUGACCUGGGGCAUGAUUGACGGUACGCCAUUCCGGCUCGAUGCCGCCGAUUCGACGCCCCGUCAUCAAGGCCCCACCUACUCGUUGCCUGAAGUGCGUCCCCGCGAACAAAUUGCCAUUGGACUGGCCGAUAAGUCGUCGCUCAUCAGUAAAUCCGGCAAUGCCAGCAGAGGCUCGACUUCUUCGCCAUCCUUUGCCGUUCCUCGUCUUCCCAACAAUCGCAAGACCAACAUUCCGCCGUCCAGCCCGAUGGCUCAAGCUCAGCGAUUCAGUCAGCUUUCGCCCGCCGCGCAGCGAUUUGCAGCCGGUACUUUUCGAGCCACCCCGACGAGAAGCGCUGGACCUGGGUCGACUCCCACCUCGGGCGGCAAAGCAUCCUUUGGUUCCGAUCCAGCUUUGCGUGCAAGCUACUCGCCGAUGCCCCACAGCGGCGGCAGCAGCACCACACCGACGUCGCGCUAGUUUUGUGACUUACGAAUUAAUUUAUUAAUAAAGAAGAUACUUGGUU